AUGUUUGUGGCCAAUUACGCGAUCCUGCGGCAUUACGAUCCGCUGCCGCAAGAUGAACAAUGCAUCGCACUUUCUCUCUUGCAGGAAAAAUGGCUUUACCUGGAGGAAGUCGACGGCAGUGGGUUUGGGGCGGGAUUCAGGCCGGAGGGGAUAGACUCGGGAGUCGCCCGGUCGAGAGGGAAUCCAUUGGAUGGGUUUUACGGGGAGAAACCGGGGGGAGAGGCUGCGUCGUUUGAUUCCGGCGUUCCGGCCCAGGCUCCUCGUGGUGGGCCGAUACUGGAAACACGGAGUACUCCUGCAGAAACAGCGGCCAACGAAGCGACUCCCUCCCCCGCCGGAAACCCGCCGGAAACGGAAGACCCCGCCUCCCUCCCCCCUUGGCUGUCCCUGCCCGAGCUGAGGGACGUGCUCGCGGAUUCGCUGAACACCUUCGACCUGCUGCCGAUCGACGAAUCGAACGAGGAAUUUUCCUUCGAUGGACUGGAGAACGCCUGGCUGUUUGAGGUUGGGAAUCCCCCGAGAGAAAAGGAACCGUGCGAAAAGGAAGAGAAGCGCAGGAGCCAGAAGCAAGCCAAGGCCGCCGAGUCCGCCAGGAGAUGGCGAAAGAACCAAAAAGCGAAGCUGCAGCAGCUGGCGGCGGAACUGAAGACGGAAGAGGCGCGAGGACGCGACCUCCGCCGGCGCCGAGAGGAACUCGAGAGCCUCCUGGCCUUCGCCAGACUCAAGGUGCAAAGCGUCGCGUUUCGCCCCGUCUCGCUUCGCCCCGCCGCGUUUCGCCCCGCGGGCGCGACCCAGAGUGACCCGCAUCGAUAUGAUAUUCAACGCGUGCUUCCCUACAGCAAUUUGCAGCGUCUGGGUUUUUUGCCUAUCUAA